GGUGCAGCCACUGGAGGCGGCGGUGCGUCCGGGGGAGGCUACAGCGGCGGACGACAGGAGCCCAGGUGGGAGCGGGAGCCAGGGCGGGACCCGGGGCGCUGGGAGAGGCCCCAAGCGCCCAGGCAAGCCCUCCCAACCCGAGGCUUCGAGAAAAGAUCAAGGACUGAGCUCCGGGCACCAUGAACCCCACCAUUGGCUUCGCUCUUUUGUUGACAGUCUUGCAGGGAGUCCGUGCGCAGGAAGUGACCAGCCUGACAGCCUGCCUGGUGGACCAGAGCCUUCGUCUGGACUGCCGCCACGAGAAUACCACCACCUCGCCCAUCCAGUAUGAGUUCAGCCUGACCCGGGAGAAAAAGAAGCACGUGCUCUAUGGCACUAUGGGGGUGCCUGAGCACUCAUACCGCUCCCGAACCAACUUCACCAGCAAGUACAACAUCAAGGUCCUCUACUUAUCCAGCUUCACCACGAAGGACGAGGGGACGUACACAUGUGAACUCCGGCUCUCUGGCCAGCCUCCCGUCACCUCCAGCAAGACUGUCUCUGUGCUCAGAGACAAACUGGUCAAGUGUGAGGGCAUAAGCCUGCUGGCCCAGAACACGUCGGGGCUGCUGAUGCUCCUGCUCUCCCUGCCUCUCCUGCAGGCCAUGGACUUCAUCUCCCUGUGAUUGCCCAGUCCAGAGACGAGUUGCUGAGCCCCUCCCCGCAUCCCUCACACAUCUUGAGGAGCAAUGGGGACCCCGCCCCUCAUAAGGAAUCCCACUGCCGCAUGCAUCACCUACCCGCCCCUCCGCCCCCCUGCCACCCUCUCUGCACGCCACUGGCUGUCUUUUUUUUUUUUUUUUUUUUUUGUACUCUUGGUGCCAGAGUUGCUUCUGUCUGGUUUAUCCUUCUUUUUCUUUGGGAAUUUGUGAAAAGGGAAGCCAGGGUUGGGGACGUGAUGGAGAGUGAGGGCAUGGGAGGGGUAGAAGGAUAGAGGGGUCCCAGUCCCAGGGGGACAAGGGGGGGUCAUCCUUGCCCACCAGGACCAGCAGCCUAGGCGAGACCUGGAGGAGGAGGAGGUGCAUCUGGGCCUAGCACAUCCCUCAGCAGGCAGGGAUGGUGCCCGAAGACGCCGGAUGUGAGGGCACUGCCAAGCAUUUGUGGCCCAUCACAAGAGGAAAGAACUGAAUGUCUCCAGGAGCAUUCUCUGCCAUAGCAAGAAGCCGUCCUUUUACUACUGCAGAGGUCCCCUAGGGGCCUUGGGCCUGGUGUGGCCCAUCACAAGAGGAAAGAACUGAAUGUCUCCAGGAGCAUUCUCUGCCACAGCAAGAAGCCGUCCUUUUACCACUGCAGAGGUCCCCUAGGGGCCUUGGGCCUGGUGUGGCCCAGUGAAAAAGCAGAUUCUGCCUGGGAGCAGUGCUAAUGGAGGGCUGGAGACAGGGUAGAAGAGAGGGUCCAUCAUCCCUCUCUACCUGAUGAAAAUAAAAUGAAGAGCCUACUGUCCCUCACUGCCUCAGCCAGCAGUUGAGAGGGUGGCAGAGGACCAGCCUCCUCCCAGCCUGUCCCAAGCUCCUACAAGCUUCCAGAUCUCUGACCUGGAGGCAGUAAGCCAGGCCAGGUGGAGUCUCAGAGCAGAGGAGAGUUUGGCCCAAGUGUUUGGGAGGCUCUUCUUUCCCUGCCGGCUGGCGGCUGAGCCUUCCGGCAGCCCUCUGCCCCACAGGUCUGGCUUCUCGGGGACCUGGGGGAUUGGAGGGGGUCUGCGGCAGCCCGUGGAGUGAGACCUGUAUGCAGGACAUGCCUCGACAGAUGGCUUUUCCCAACACCCAGCUCCCCGCCCCCCCCCCCCACCCCGGCAGCUGCACCCUGUCCUGUGACUGUAGAGUGCACCACAGCUUAUAGUAUAUCGCUGAGGACAAAGAGAACUGCACAAUAAAACCAAGCCUCAAGAGAAUGCCUCCCUGCCUUCCUCUGCUUUGCUCCCUCGUCUGUCCCCAGGCCCGCCUCCCUUCCCCUAGCCCCUAGCGGCGCAUCUAGGAGCUCCGAACUGCCACCUUGAACUCUCCCUCUUCCCUGCCUUCAUCAGCCCUUCCCCUCCCCUGCUGCCCCCGGGUCUGGUUUCUCGGAGACCUGAGGGAUUGGGGGGGGAGCCCUGCAUGCUGGACUUUUCAGAACCACUCUAACAUGGUACAUUGGCCCCAAUAAAUGAAUGUUCCAUCUC